GAUUCAGCGACAAGAGUUGUCGACUUGUCGUUUAUAAAUUUGACUAAUUUCAGACUUUAGAUCAUAACAAAGGAAAAUCUUUUAAAAAUGUUUUACAAAAGAAGAAACGUUCUAGUCAGAUAACAGAGAGGUGGGGAAACUAUAAUACUGUUGAAAUCUUAUGGAUUUUUAGUUUAUUGGAAUUAAAUGUUUAUCUACCUUUUGGAUACCUUGGAAUUUGAGGUUGUGGAUAAAUCUGGUCAAAGAUGGAUUACAAGCAAGCAUCAAGUACAAGCAAAGAAUCCCGGAGCAAUGUUGAUAAUAGUGGACCUGUUGCAGAGAACUGGUGUUACACACAAGUGAAAGUGAUCAAGUUUUCAUAUAUGUGGACAAUUAAUAACUUUAGUUACUGCAGGGAGGAGAUGGGAGAAACAUUAAAGAGUUCAAUGUUUUCCGCUGGAGAAAAUGAUAAAAUGAAAUGGUGUUUACGCGUAAAUCCUAAAGGUCUAGAUGAAGAAAGUAAAGAUUAUUUAUCCUUAUAUUUGUUAUUACUUGCCACUAACAAGAAUGAAGUUCGAGCUAAAUUUAAAUUCUCAAUCUUGAAUGCCAAUAGAGAAGAAACAAAAGCAAUGGAAAGCCAGAGAGCAUAUAGAUUUGUCCAGGGAAAGGAUUGGGGUUUUAAAAAAUUUAUAAGGCGAGAUUUUUUAAUGGAUGAUGUAAAUGGUCUUCUCCCAAGUGACACAUUGACUUUAUUUUGUGAGGUAAGCGUGAUUGCCGACUCAGUCAAUGUCUCUGGUUCAACAUCUCAGGCUGUUGUCAAAAUUCAAGAAUGCAAUUUAGCCUGUCAAUUAGGCAAUUUACUAGACACUGGAUUACUGUCUGAUGUCUCACUAAUACUGGCUGAUGGAAAGCAUUUCAAGGCACAUAAAGCCAUCUUAGCAGCUAGAUCACCUGUCUUUGGAGCAAUGUUUGAACAUGAAAUGGAAGAACGUAAGAAUGGACGGGUGCAAAUAUUGGAUGUAGAGUCAGAUGUUUUUAAAGAAAUGUUGCAAUUUAUUUACACUGGCAAAACAAGCAAACUGAAUGAGAUGGCUCCUGAAUUACUUGCUGCUGCGGAUAAGUAUGCUCUUGAUCGUCUCAAAAUUAUGUGUGAGGAAUCAUUGUGUACGAGUCUAUCUACAGAUAAUGUUUGCAGCAUUCUCAUCCUGGCUGAUCUUCACAGUGCUAACCACCUCAAAGAUUACGCUGUAGAGUUUGUAAAUAGUCACGCAGUUGAUGUGACGAACAGUCCUGGUUGGAAAACACUUGUAAAUAAUCACUCGCAUCUUUUAGCGGAAGCUUUCAAAGUACUUGCAACGCAACAAGGGCCGUUACUUAAUGGACCUCCAAGAAAACGACUAAAAACAACUUAAAGAUGUAAUAACGACGUCUUCUAUUUUGUAGAAUAUUUAAUAAGCUAGCGGGAGUUACCUGGUAAACCCGAAAAUGUAUUUAAUUAAUAUUACAUUUCCGUCAAGUAUUUUUUUGCCAAAUAUUUGCACGUUGUUGGCAUCUCAUCAUAAUGUACAUAAUGUGCAAUACAUGUGUAUACUUGUAUGUAAGUAAGGUCAUAAUAUAGAAACUUGUUUUUACUAAUGUUACUAAAGGAGGAGUGUUUGUUAAUAGAGCAGCAUAAGGCAUAGUUGAACAGUUGAACGAAACCCAACGGAAUAAAGUCCAUUAAUCCAACAAAUUCUGUUGGUACAAAUU